CCGGGUCCCCAGCGGCCAGGCGCGCAGGGGGUGCUGCUGCUGGUGCUGUGGGUGGUUAGCUGGGUGGGUGGGUGAGUCGAGACACGCUGGCACAGGCACAGCCCUGGGCCUAGAGCGGCUUCUGGCCCGAAGGACAAAGGUCGCCAAGGCUGCCCGAUCGGGCGCGGAAAAGGGGCCAAGGCAGGUGCCUCUCGCACCUCCUGGGCCCCGGACCGCGCCCGCCCGAGCUGAGCCAUCGCCGCUGGGCGGGAGGCUGAGACAGCCUUCGGGCGGGGCCAUCGGGCUAGAGUCCCGGCGGCGGCGGCGGCCAUGGCUGACAUGGCGGCCGCUCGCCGCAACCCUUAGGGCCUCGGCGCGGUCGUAGCAGUAGCGGCGGCGGCGGCGGGAGGAGGAGGAGGAGGCGGCGGCGCCUUCGGGGACUGCAGCAGCAGCAGCCGCCGCUGCAACAGCCGCCGCCGCUGCCGCCGCCGCCGCCACCACCGCAGCAGCAGCAGCAGCAGCAGCAGCAGCAGGGACAACGACAGCAGCAGCAGCAGCAGCAGCAGCAGCAGCAGCAACAGCAGCAGCAACAACGAGCGGGUGCGGCCGGGGCGGCGGCGGUGGCGGCGGCAGCGGCGGCGGUGGCGGGAGCCCCAGCCCCAGCUCCAUCUCGGGCAGCAGCAGCAGCAGCGGCAGCAGCAGCAGCAGCAGCGGCGCCGCCACCACCGCCAGGGCCAUGGGGGCGGGGCCGGCCGAGGCAGCCCGGAGCCGCCGCUACCUUAAGGGCCAGCAGGCAGCCCCCGAGCUGAGCGCCGAUGAGGGCGGCGGGGACAGCGGGGAUGGCAGUGGUGAGCCCGGCCCCAGCGGCGGCGGCGGGGGCUCAGGGGGCACUGGCACGGGGGGCAGCAGCGCUGCGGCCGGCGGCGGUGGGGGCCUGCUACUGCGGGAAGGAACCGAGAGCUGCGGCAGCAGCAGCGCAGGAGGAGGAGGAGGAGGAGGCGGAGGCGGAGAAGAAGGAGGAGGAGGAGGCGGUGACUGUGUCGGCGAUGGGGAUGGCGAAGCAGACGGCGACACUCUGGCCUUCCCCAUGCACACUCUAUGGUGGGUGAUGCCAAUCACUGCCAUGAAGAAAAAGGUGCUGUUGAUGGGUAAGAGCGGGUCUGGCAAGACCAGCAUGAGGUCCAUCAUCUUCGCAAACUACAUUGCCCGUGACACCCGCCGCCUUGGUGCAACAAUUGAUGUGGAACAUUCUCAUGUCCGAUUUCUGGGAAACCUGGUCCUGAACCUCUGGGACUGUGGUGGCCAGGACACCUUCAUGGAAAACUACUUCACCAGCCAACGGGACAACAUCUUCCGCAACGUGGAGGUUCUUAUUUACGUGUUUGAUGUGGAGAGCCGGGAGCUGGAAAAGGACAUGCAUUACUACCAGUCAUGCUUGGAGGCCAUCCUCCAGAACUCUCCUGAUGCCAAGAUCUUUUGCCUUGUGCACAAAAUGGACCUUGUUCAGGAGGAUCAAAGAGACCUGAUCUUUAAGGAACGUGAGGAAGAUCUAAGGCGUUUGUCCCGGCCCCUGGAAUGUGCCUGUUUUCGAACCUCCAUCUGGGAUGAGACCCUCUAUAAGGCCUGGUCCAGUAUUGUCUAUCAACUCAUCCCCAACGUUCAGCAGCUGGAAAUGAACCUGAGGAAUUUCGCUCAGAUCAUCGAAGCGGAUGAGGUGCUUCUCUUUGAAAGAGCUACUUUCCUGGUCAUUUCCCACUACCAGUGUAAAGAGCAACGUGAUGUCCACAGAUUUGAGAAGAUCAGCAACAUUAUCAAGCAGUUCAAGCUGAGCUGCAGCAAGCUGGCGGCCUCCUUCCAGAGCAUGGAAGUCCGGAACUCUAACUUUGCAGCUUUCAUUGACAUCUUCACUUCCAACACCUACGUGAUGGUUGUCAUGUCUGAUCCAUCGAUACGUAAGUUAAGGCAAACAGACAACUCUCAAGACUCUCAGUGGUAUUACUUUUCUCUUACUAGAACCCCAAACAAUCUGGAAACAGGUUCCAAAUUAUCUAGGCUCUUAAAGAAGGCAGAAACAAAAUUCCACGCUGUAGGUCUUGUGAUGUUGAUUGACUGACUAGGAAAUGGAGGCACUGAUCUUGGAACGUUGAAAUGCCAGGUGGCUUUCCUGGAUUCAUAGUACAUGCCAUGGUCUUUUUCUCAAUCCUGAGUUGCCACAUUCUCAGAUUGUGCUAGAGGAUGAAAAUGUGUUGGCCUCCAGGCUUUAGUUCCUGGAUUCAGAGUAGCCACUGGAUCUGGUGCUAAGUCCAGGUGGGGCUAUCUUUGAUCUUCUGGGCCUUCCUCCUAGCUUAGGGUGCUAGGUUACCAAUUGGCACCUAGAACAGUUUUCCUUUGUUUCAGUUUUUGAUGAUUGUGUGAAUGCACAGGUGCCAGUCCUGCCCUCUUGCCAUAGAUUUCUCCCAGGAGAGCAAAGUUUGUUAAUGAGAAGUUUGUGUUGAGCCAGGAGGAGGAGGAGUGUGUUCCACUUUCACAGAUUUGUUGAGUCCCACUACAAAUUCUCCUGAUCUAACCUGGCAGGUGUAUGUGGGUAUGUGAGUGUACCUCCCUCCCCGCCUGCCACACAUCGGAUAAAGCGUGUCCUCAAUGCCUGCUGGUUUGCUACUCUGCUCAGCCACAGUGCCAGUUUGCUUAGCUUCCCAACACUGUUCUGGAUAUGCGGGUGAGGCACUCACUCUUCCCUAAUCUGUUUCCUCUGGAAAGGAAAGGGAACUUCCUCCUCUCACCCUGGAGCCCUCCUAGGUUUACUUGGGAAGGAAGAAAGUUCCUCAGUCCUUUGUACCAUUUGGGCCCAGUGGCAGCCCUGAAGCCUCACUGUACCCUCCUCCCCUGACUCAAGUCAAAAGUGGCUUGGCACAUGUCUGAUCACUCACUUGCACAUGUCUGUUUGAAUGCUUUUUAAUGUCUAACUAAGGUGACUUCUAGCUCCAAUAGGAGGCCUUUUAUUCAGUGCCUCUCUCUACUGAGCAAAUAGGAAGUUGGGGGAGUUAAAGCCCCCAUCCUCACUGAGUGCAAGGGGUGGAGUGGACCAGCCUUGGAAGCCAGCUAGGUCUGAGUGGUGAAGGAAGGAAGGAAGAGCGGACCAUCCUCCAGCCAAAUAGGCAAGCCUGAAGGAGGACCAGCUUUAGUGAAAUGAAUUCUUUUGUCCAAAUGCUUUUGCCAUUGCCCUCUGUUAACUUUACUGUUGUAAAUAUAUUGUACACUAAAUAAAAAUACUGUAGAAA